GAGCCGCCAAGGCGGAGCCACAAACCCGACCAUGACACCGGAAACGAUGAAACAUCGCAGCCUCUACGCCUACACCAUAGCCCUAGUCUUGGUUUGGCUGGCAGUCCUUCAACUGCAUCUGGCUGCUGCAGUGGCUGCAACCACGGAAUCCGCGCUCUCCACUUUAUCGCCGUCAGCGGCAGCAUCUCGCAAUGCUAAUCCCCUGACGGAGGCCAAGCACGAGCUGAACUGCAAAGCCCUCUGCGAGCACUGCGGCUGUUUGGGGUUCUACUGUGGGGAAGAGUGUCUCUGUGAGUGCAACAACGAGAACUCGGACACGGAAUGCAUUCGCACCAUGCAGGCAAACGCGAAAACAUUGAACAGUCCCUUUCAGAUUCUCAUACAGGGCCCGAGCAGCAACCGAUUCGUACGCAAUGCCCAGCAGUUUGAGCAGAGACGGGAUCUGGUGACCAGGAGUGCCACUGGCCUGAAGACCGCUCGUAAUCGUCGAAACACCAUUACCAUCUAUAAGCCCUCAAGGUCGGCUAGCAAGAAGACAGCCAGUCAACUGACGGUCAAUGCUCUGGAAACAUCCUCGAAAGUGACCAAGGAAUCGGAGCUAGCAAGGCAUAAGCGAUCUGUAGAUCACCUGGAGUGGUUCAACGAUUUUGCCAGUACAUUGGUGCGCCCUUCUCCUUUGGGGACACGUGGCCAGAAGCAGCGGGAGCCCAAGCCCGCGGCAUUCAAACGCCAAGCCGCUCCAGUGGAGCCUGUCGCAGUUACGCGUCGGGAACCUUGGUUCUUUGAGCAGAAUGGCACACCUCUCCUACGUCCUGCACCCCUGCAGAAACGACAGCAGGCGAAUCGUGACAGCAAAAGGUCCUGGAAAACCAAGAAGACCACGUCCCGCCAGGCCGCAUCCAUGGAACAGUCGCAGAGAGAAGCAAAAAAGUUUGGGCGGGACAUUAGACCGCUGCAAGAUGCAAUGCAAGCGGUGGAGCGUAUUCCGCGCGUCCUCCAGGACACUGUGAGCCAUUUGUCGUCCGACAACAACAGCGGGGAUGUCUUCAGCCUGAACAUCAUGAACGAUGAUGACGUUGAGCGCAAGGAGGAGGCACCUAUUCCUCGUCGCCCCAGUGGCCGCUCCAUGAGCUUUUACCGCAACGACAUUAGUCCAGAAGCUGUGACCCUAGCUCCUGCUAAAGGUCUCGCACCUCCCGCUCCGCUAUUACCCCAACGUGGCCUCCUCUUCCCUUGGCUUCGGCAACAGCGCUUGAUGCGUCUUCAGCAAGUUCGCGGAAAUCAGUAGAACACAUAAACAGCACGUUUUUUUAUUUUCUUUGUUGUAUAUUUUUAAGUAAAACAAUAAAUUUUCAAAUUGCAACCUUUUAAA